AUGAUCUACUGUUUUGACGACUUUCAGUUAAAACAUCUUUGCGAUGUCAUUGAAGCUGAGCGCCGGGUCCGAGAAAGGCUUUACAACGAACUGACAUGGACAAAUGCUUGGUCACCAGGGGGUCGUACUCGGGGUCACAGACCCAGCUCUGGUAAGAGUCAAAAACAGGCACUGAAGAAACGACCAUCAUCUGCCCGGAAAUACGAUGAUAGAUGCGACUCUGAUACAUCACGUGACGAAGAAUCUCUCGUGAAAUAUCGGCCAAGUUCCGCAAGACUUUCACGUGAGAAGGUUAAAGAUGUUUCACGACGGAAGCCAAAAUCUAAUGUUUUGGAAAGUAGGUCUGAAGCAUCGUAUGAAGAGCGUCCACGUCUGAAAGACCGACCUCACUCUGCAAGGGAGUCCCGUGAAAAGGUGAAGGAUACCGUGAAAAGAAAACCAAGGACACUUGCAUUCGAAAUUGGAUCCGAGUCAAAGUCUGUAGCUGUAAAAUGGGGUUCAGACCCCCGGAAUCUCUCAGUGACUAUGGGAGACGGAUAUGGGAGAAAAUCGCGAGCAUCGAAAAAUCCGGAACCGGAACAUGACAAGUUUGUUAUCAGUAACUUUGGAAAAGGGAGCUCAUUCAGUGUGGAUACAGGAAGAACAUCAAAGGACCCUACCAACAUAACUAUUGACAAUGUUCGAAGGGGCUCAUCCGCUCCUAAGGAAACACUUCGCGUGACCGGAGGAGGCACAAACGUCGUUAUUCAUAAUCCAAAAAGACCAGGUCUGCCCAGUAGAGGAUCGAAUACCAUUCAUGUAGCAAGCGGAAAUUCCGAUGUAGUAGUUCACAAACCACACAACCAGGACAGUGAUUCUAAUCAAAGUGACAUAAUUCGUAAAGAAAGAAAGCCAAAGAGUUCUCUCAAAAAGAUAAAGGACACAAGCAGCGAUGUUUCUCAGAGAUACAGUGUUAUCAAAUUUUCUGAAGACACGGGAACCCAAACGGCAUGGAUGGAUACAGACCCAGAUCAACAGCCUAAUUCCAGUUCCGGUCCUCCUUCCCGGCGUAUUAAAUUCAUGGGUGAGGAUCGAACGCACCGGGAGUAUAAAACCGCCUUCGUUGAUGACCAGAAACUCGUCCGACCUAUGACAGAUGAUGAUAUUCCACUCGUGGUAGAAGUCGUGCAACCUGAUGAAGACGACCACGAUGAUGUAGAUGAAUACUCGGUACAAGAAAACGACCACAGACCGGAAGUUAUACACUAUAUAGAUAAAACAGUGCCUGCUAGAGCUAUCGAACCGUUCGAGCCAGUAUUUAUUCAGCCACAUCCGGUAUGGGAGCCGGAGAUCAGAGAAAAACGCCCUGUCACUCCGAAGAAGGUGAUAUCCCGACCGCCCCUCCCCCCGCGUCAGUACCGGCCCCUGGAUGUGUAUGACCGGAGGAGUGCUGAUACCAAUGACCGAUUCUUGGUAGUUAAGACUCGGGCUCCGCCGAAGAAACCACCACGCCCACUAAUUCACUACCACCAACAUGAUGACGCUGUUUUCUCUGUGUACUAA